CGAGCCGAGGACUAUCCCAAUCGCCAAGGGGAAGGAAAAGGGGGGAAAACCCGGCAGCAAGAACCACCAACCCCCCAGCAGCACGCCCCAUUCCUGCUGCCCUUUGACAUGCAACCUUCCUGGGGAUGGGAGCAGCCGGGAUGCAGCUGCAGCUUCGGGAGGCACUGGGGGAAACUGGGAAUCGUGGCUCUGAUGCCGGUGGAGGUGAGCGCCUGGAGCCGGGUGCUGCUGCUCUCCGUGGGGCUCCUGGCUGGAUCCGUGACGGCCCAGAACUGCAGCCACACCUUGCAGGGCCCCAACGGGACGAUCCAGAGCCCGGGCUUUCCCUACGGAUACCCCAAUUAUGCAAACUGCACGUGGACCAUCAGUGCCGAGGAGCAGCACAGGAUACAGCUGGUUUUCCACUCCUUUGCUCUGGAGGAAGACUUUGAUGUGCUCUCCAUCUUCGAUGGGCUGCCCCAGCAGGGCACUCUGAGAACGAGGUUGACAGGGUUCCAGCUGCCUGCCCCCGUGGUCAGCUCGGGGGCUCUGCUGUCCCUGUGGCUCGUCAGCGACUACGCCGUGAGCGCCCAAGGCUUCCAGGCCACCUACGAGGCUCUGCCCAGCCACACGUGUGGGAACCCGGGAAGGCUCCAGAACGGGAUCCAGCAGGGAACCACCUUCAGCCUCGGGGACAGAGUGAGGUACAGCUGCAAUCCAGGCUUUUUCUUGGAAGGCCAUGCCCUGCUGACGUGCCAGGCCAGCUCCGAGAACUCUGCCUCCUGGGACUUCCCUCUCCCCGUCUGCAGAGCUGAUGAUGCCUGUGGGGGGACCCUGCGGGGCCAGAGCGGGAUCAUCUCCAGCCCCCACUUCCCCCUGGAGUAUGGCAACAACGCCGACUGCACCUGGACCAUCCUGGCCGAGCCCGGCGACACCAUCGCCCUGGUGUUCAUGGACUUCCAGCUGGAAGAUGGAUAUGAUGUUCUGGAAGUGGCUGGGACAGAGGGAUCCUCGCUCUGGUUCACUGGGAUGAAUUUACCUGCCCCUGUGAUCAGCAGCAAGAACUGGCUGAGGCUCCACUUCACCUCUGAUGGCAACCACAGGCAGAAGGGCUUCAGUGCCCAGUACCAAGUCAAAAAGCAAAUGGAGCUCAAGUCCAGGGGGGUGAAGCUCAUGCCCAGCAAGGACAACAACCAGAAGACAUCAGUGUUAACUCAGGUUGGUGUGUCCCAGGGACAUAAUAUGUGUCCAGACCCUGGGAUUCCAGAGAGAGGCAAAAGAAUAGGCAACGAUUUUAGGUUGGGCUCCAGCAUCCAGUUCUCCUGCAACGAGGGCUACGACCUGCAGGGCUCCAGGAGCAUCACCUGCAAGAGGGUGAGCGACCUCAUCGUGGCCUGGAGCGACCACAGGCCCGUCUGCAGAGCCAGGAUGUGUGACACGUACCUGAGGGGGCCCAGCGGGGUCAUCACGUCCCCCAACUACCCGGUGCAGUACGACAACAACGCCUACUGCGUGUGGGUCAUCACCGCCCUCAACCCCGCCAAGGUCAUCAAACUCACCUUCGAGGAGUUCGAGCUGGAAAGGGGAUAUGACACCCUGACAGUGGGGGAUGGAGGCCAAGUGGGAGACCAGAAAACUGUGCUUUAUGUCCUGACGGGCACCACCGUCCCCGACCUCAUCGUCAGCACCCACCACCAGAUGUGGCUCCUCUUCCAGACAGACAGUGUCAGCAACCUGCUGGGCUUCAAAGCAACCUAUGAAGGUGUCAUCAAACUCACCUUCGAGGAGUUCGAGCUGGAAAGGGGAUAUGACACCCUGACAGUGGGGGAUGGAGGCCAAGUGGGAGACCAGAAAACUGUGCUUUAUGUCCUGACGGGCACCACCGUCCCCGACCUCAUCGUCAGCACCCACCACCAGAUGUGGCUCCUCUUCCAGACAGACAGUGUCAGCAACCUGCUGGGCUUCAAAGCAACCUAUGAAGUCUCCUGCUUUUUCAACUUCACCAGCCCGGCGGGGAUCGUGCUGUCCCCCAACUACCCCGAGGAGUACGGCAGCAGCCUGCACUGCGUGUGGCUCAUCAUCGCCAAGCCCGAGAGCAGGAUCCACUUGGCCUUCAACGACUUCGACGUGGAGCCCCAGUUUGAUUUCCUGGCCGUGAAGGACGGCGGCACCGCCGAGUCCCCGGUGCUGGGCACCUUCUCAGGGAGCCAGAUCCCCUCCUCCCUGACCAGCAGCGGCCACGUGGCCAGGCUGGAGUUCCAGACCGACCACUCCAUGGAGAAGAGAGGCUUCAACAUCACCUUCACCACGUUCCGGCACAACGAGUGCCCCGACCCCGGCGUGCCGGUCAACGGGAAGCGUUUUGGGGACAGCCUGCAGCUGGGCAGCUCCGUGUCCUUCCUGUGUGACGAGGGCUUCAUCCGCACCCACGGCUCCGAGACCGUCACCUGCGUCCUGCAGGAGGGCAACGUGGUGUGGAACCACCCCGUGCUCAGGUGUGAAGCACCCUGUGGUGGCCACCUGACGUCGCCCAGUGGCACCAUCCUGUCCCCUGGCUGGCCUGGCUUCUACAAGGACUCGCUGAGCUGUGCCUGGGUCAUCGAGGCCCAGCCUGGCUACCCCAUCAAGAUCACCUUUGACAGGUUCAAGACUGAGGUGAACUACGACACGCUGGAAGUGCGGGACGGCCGCUCCUACUCCUCCCCCCUGAUCGGGGUCUACGACGGGACCCAGGUGCCCCAGUUCCUCAUCAGCACCAGCAACUACCUCUACCUCCUGUUCACCACUGACAAAAGCCACUCUGACAUUGGCUUUCAGAUCCGAUACGAAACUGUGAAGCUCCAGUCCGACCACUGCCUGGACCCCGGGAUCCCGGUGAACGGGCAGCGCCACGGCAACGAUUUCUACGUGGGAGCCCUGGUGACCUUCAGCUGUGACUCAGGAUACACCCUGAGUGACAGCGAGGCCCUGGAGUGUGAGCCCAACUUCCAGUGGAGCCGCCCCCUGCCCAGCUGUGAGGCUCUCUGUGGAGGUUACAUCCGUGGCUCCAGUGGUACCAUCCUGUCCCCAGGCUUCCCCGAUUUCUAUCCCAACAACUUGAACUGCACGUGGACAAUAGAAACAUCCCAUGGAAAAGGCGUGUUCUUCACCUUCCACACCUUUCACCUGGAGAAUGGGCACGACUACCUCCUGAUCACCGAGAACAGCAGCUUUGCCCAGCCCCUGCAGCAGCUGACGGGGUCCCGCCUGCCGGCCCCGCUCAGCGCCGGGCUCUUCGGCAACUUCUCGGCCCAGAUCCGCUUCAUCUCCGACUUCUCCAUGUCCUACGAGGGCUUCAACAUCACCUUCUCAGAGUACGACUUGGAGCCCUGUGACGAGCCAGAGGUGCCAGCCUACAGCAUCAGGAAGGGGCUGCAGUUCGGGGUGGGGGACGUGCUCACCUUCUCCUGCUUCCCGGGGUACCGGCUGGAAGGAGCCCCCCGGCUCACCUGCCUCGGGGGGAGGCGGCGGGUGUGGAGUUCGCCUCUGCCAAGGUGUGUUGCUGAAUGUGGCUCCUCUGUCACUGGAACCCAGGGUGUGCUGCUGUCCCCCAACUACCCACUCAACUACAACAACAACCACGAGUGCAUCUACUCCAUCCAGACCCAGCCAGGGAAGGGGAUCCAGCUGAAAGCCAGGACCUUUGAGCUGGAGGCAGGAGAUGUCCUCAAGGUCUAUGAUGGCACCAACAGCUCUGCCCGGCUGCUGGGCACCUUCAGCCGCUCGGACAUGCUGGGCACCAGCAUCAACAGCACCUCCAGCUCCAUGUGGCUGGAGUUCAUCACCAACUCUGCCAACACCAGCAAAGGCUUUGAGCUGCAGUUUUCCAGUUUCGAGCUCAUCAAGUGCGAGGACCCCGGAGUGCCCCAGUUCGGGUACAAGGUGCACGACGAGGGGCACUUUGCUGGCAGCUCCGUGUCCUUCAGCUGUGACCCCGGGUACACCCUGAGGGGCAGCAGGGUCCUGGGCUGCCUGACUGGCGAGAGGAGAGCGUGGGACCAGCCCCUGCCAACCUGUGUAGCUGAGUGUGGAGGGACCAUCAGAGGAGAGGCCUCGGGGCGGAUCCUGUCCCCGGGUUACCCGACCCCCUACGACCACAACCUCAACUGCAUCUGGACCAUCGAGGCAGAGCCUGGCUGCACCAUAGGGCUCCACUUCAUGGUUUUCCACACCGAGGAGUUCCACGACGUGCUGCGGAUCUGGGACGGGCCGGUGGAGAAGGGGAUCCUGCUGAGGGAGCUCAGCGGGUCGGGGCUCCCUGGGGACGUGCACAGCACCUUCAACUCCCUCAUCCUGCAGUUCAACACCGACUUCUUCACCAGCAAGCAGGGCUUUGCCAUCCAGUUCUCAGUUUCCACUGCCACGUCCUGCAACGACCCGGGAAUUCCCCAGAACGGGAGCCGGAGCGGGGACAGCAAGGAGGCAGGAGAUUCCAUCACCUUCCAGUGCAACCCGGGCUAUGCCCUGCAAGGGGAGGCCCAAAUCACCUGUGUGCAGGUGGAGAACAGGUUUUUCUGGCAGCCAGACCCUCCCUCCUGCACAGCUCCCUGUGGAGGGAUCCUGACGGGCCCCUCAGGGGUGAUCCUGUCCCCCCAGUACCCCGAGCCCUACCCCCCUGGCAAGGAGUGUGACUGGAAGCUCACGGUGUCUCCAGACUAUGUCAUUGCCCUGGUGUUCAACAUCUUCAGCCUGGAGCCUGGCUAUGAUUUCCUUCACAUCUACGAUGGCCCUGACUCCCUGAGCCCCCUGAUUGGGAGCUUUUAUGGCUCCCAGCUCCCCGAGAGGAUCGAGAGCAGCAGCAACAGCCUGUUCCUGGCGUUCCGCAGCGACGCCUCCGUCAGCAACACCGGCUUUGUCAUCGAGUACACAGAAAACCCCCGGGAGUCGUGCUUCGACCCGGGCUCCAUCAGGAACGGCACCCGCGUGGGCUCGGACCUCAAGCUGGGAUCCACCAUCACCUACUACUGUGACGGGGGCUACGACAUCCAGGGGGUCUCCACCCUCACCUGCAUCAUGGGAGGGGAUGGAAAACCCACCUGGAACAAGCCCCGCCCCACCUGCACAGCUCCCUGUGGGGGUCAGUACACGGGCUCCGACGGCGUCGUCCUGUCUCCGAAUUACCCCCAAAACUACACCACUGGCCAGGCCUGCUUGUACUUCAUCGUGGUGCCCAAGGACUAUGUGGUCUUCGGGCAGUUCGCCUUCUUCCAAACCGCGCUCAACGACGUCGUGGAGGUCCAUGAUGGCCCCAACCAGCACUCCAGGCUCCUCAGCUCCCUCUCAGGCUCUCACACAGGUGAAUCCUUGCCCUUAGCUACCACCAACCAGAUCCUCAUCAAAUUUAGCUCCAAGGGUCAAUCCACAGCCAAAGGUUUUCAUUUUGUCUACCAAGGCUUAGGUCUCCUGCUGUCAAACUCUUGCCCCUUGAUCCCCUCAAUCCAGGUGAUCAGUUUUGUCACUGAGCAGAACUGGGAUUCCCUGGAAGUGUUUGAUGGAGGGGAUAACACGGCCACCAUGCUGGGGAGUUUCUCUGGGACUACAGUGCCUGCUCUGCUCAACAGCACUUCAAACCAGCUCUAUCUGCAUUUCUACUCGGAUAUCAGUGUCUCUGCUGCCGGCUUCCACCUGGAAUACAAAACCGUGGGUCUGUCCAGCUGCCCGGAGCCCCCCGUUCCUGGGAACGGCCUGAAGAUCGGGGAGCGCUACUUGGUGAACGACGUCGUGUCCUUCCAGUGCGAGCCGGGCUACGCCCUGCAGGGUCACUCCCACAUUUCCUGCAUGCCGGGCACCGUCCGCCGCUGGAAUUACCCUCCGCCGCUCUGCAUCGCCCAGUGUGGAGGAACAGCAGAAGAGAUGGAAGGAGUGCUCCUGAGCCCAGGCUUCCCAGGAAAUUACCCCAGCAACCUGGACUGCACGUGGAGGAUAUUGCUGCCAGUGGGGUUUGUGCCUUGUGGGGGGAAUGUCACCACCCAGAAUGGGACAGUUUACUCCCCUGGCUUCCCCAACCAGUACCCCAAUUCCCAGGACUGCACUUGGCUCCUGACGGUGCCCGUGGGAUAUGGGAUCCACCUCAACUUCACCCUGCUGCAGACAGAGCCCUACAACGACUUCAUCACUGUGUGGGAUGGAGCCCAGCAAACAGCCCCCCAGCUGGGUGUGUUCACUGGCAACUCUGCCAAGAAAUCAGCCCAGAGCUCCUCCAACCAGGUCCUGCUGAAGUUCCACAGCGACGCAGCCAACGGGGGCAUUUUUGCCAUUUAUUUCUAUGCCUACCAGCUGUUCCGGUGCCAGCCUCCCACCAUGGUCCCCAACGCCGAGAUCAUCACUGAGAACGAGGAGUUCAACAUAGGUGACUCAGUGAGGUACCGGUGCCUGCCCGGCUUCACCUUGAUUGGAAACGAAAUCCUGACCUGCAAACUCGGCACUCACCUGCAGUUUGAGGGGCCUCCCCCCACGUGUGAAGUUCACUGCCCCAUGAACCAGGUGAUGACAGACUCCACUGGUGUGAUCCUCAGCCAGAGCUUCCUGGGGAGUUACCCCCACUUCCAGACCUGUUCCUGGGUGGUGAAGGUUGAGCCUGGGUACAACAUCUCCCUCACCAUCGAGUACUUCCUCAGUGAGAAGCAGUACGACGAGUUUGAGAUCUUUGAUGGUCCCUCUGGCCAGAGUCCCCUGCUCCUGUCUCUGAGUGGGAACUACUCAGCCCCUCUGACCGUGACCAGCAGCGGGAACAGCGUCUUCCUCCGCUGGUCCUCGGAUCACGCCUACAACAGGAAAGGCUUCAAAAUCCGCUACUCUGCUCCUUACUGCAGCCUCCCCCAGCCCCCAGCCCACGGGAUGAUCCUGAGCCACACCGGGCUGAGCCCCGGCAGCUCCGUCCGCUUCGGCUGCGACUCCGGGUACCGCCUGGCCGGGCACAGCACCAGCACCUGCACCCAGCACCCCCAGGGCUACUUCCACUGGAGGGAGGCCACCCCCCUGUGCCAAGCUCUGUCCUGUGGAGUUCCCAGAGCCCCCAGGAACGGGGUUGUCUUUGGCAAGGAGUACACAGUGGGCACAAAGGCCGUGUACCACUGCAACCAGGGCUUCCAGCUGCAGCCAGGAUCAGAGCCCAGCACCGAGUGCCUGCAGUCGGGGCAGUGGAGCAACGGGAACCAGCCCCCCCAGUGCGUGGCCGUGGCCUGUCCCGACAUCGGCAGCAUCGCGGUGGAGCACGGCCGCUGGAGGCUCACCUACGAGAUCCAGUACCACUACAGCGCCCAGCUCAUGCUCAUCUGCGACCCUGGCUACUACUACACGGGCCAGAGGGUCAUCAGGUGCCAGGCCAACGGCAAGUGGAGCAUAGGGGAGCCCAUGCCCACCUGUAAAAUUAUCUCCUGCGGGGACCUGCCGACGCCUCCCAACGGGAACAAGAUCGGGACCCUGACCAGCUACGGGGCCACAGCCAUCUUCUCCUGCAACACUGGCUACACCCUGGUGGGCUCCCGGGUCAGGGAGUGCAUGGCCAACGGGCUCUGGAGCGGGGCAGAGGUCAGAUGUCUGGCCGGGCACUGCGGCGUCCCCAGCCCCAUUGUGAACGGGCAGAUCAACGGGGAGAACUACAACUACCGGGGCAGCGUGGUGUACCAGUGCAGCCCCGGGUUCCGCCUCAUCGGCAUGUCCGUGCGCAUCUGCCAGCAGGACCACCGCUGGUCCGGCAAGACCCCUGUCUGUGUGCCCAUCACCUGUGGGCACCCUGGCAACCCUGCCAACGGCCUGACCCAGGGCACUCAGUUCAACCUCAACGACGUGGCCAAGUUCGUGUGCAACCCCGGCUUCCGCCUGGAAGGGGCAUCCCAAUCCCAGUGCCUGGCCAACGGCCAGUGGAGCAGCACCCUGCCCUCCUGCCGUGUUGUAAACUGUACUGACCCCGGGCACCUGGAAAACAGCGUCCGGCAAGUGCAGCCCAGCGGGCCCCACAGAUUCAGCUUUGGAACAACUGUGUCCUAUCAGUGCAGCCAUGGAUAUUACCUGUUGGGGACACACGUCCUCACCUGUCAGGGGGAUGGCACUUGGGACCGUGCCCUCCCACAGUGUCUUUUGGUGUCCUGUGGCCACCCCGGGUCCCCUCCCCACGCCCAGCUCUCGGGGGACAAGCACACCGUGGGCUCCGUGGUCCGGUACAGCUGCCUCGGGAAGCGGACGCUGGUCGGGAAUUCCACGCGGAUGUGCCAGCUGGACGGGCGCUGGAGCGGGGCCCUGCCCCACUGCUCAGGGGGCAGCCAGGGCGUGUGUGGUGACCCGGGGAUCCCCUCCCAUGGCAUCGGGCUGGGGGACACCUUCGACGUGGGCAGCGUGGUGCGGUUCAGCUGCGAGCCCGGCUACGCCCUGCGCGGCUCCUCCGACAGGACCUGCCAGGCCAACGGCUCCUGGAGCGGCACCCAGCCUGAGUGUGAAGUGAUAUCCUGUGGGAACCCAGGAACCCCCAGCAAUGCCAGGGUCAUCUUCAACGACGGCCUGGUCUUCUCCAGCUCCAUCAUUUACCAGUGCAGGGAGGGCUAUUACUCCACAGGGGUGCUGAGCAGGCACUGCACCGUGAACGGGACGUGGACUGGGACCAGUCCAGAGUGCACAGUGAUCAACUGCGGCGACCCCGGCGUGCCGGCCAACGGCGUCCGCCUGGGCUCCGACUUCACCUACAACCAGUCCGUGGUGUUCCAGUGCACCCCCGGCUACAUGAUGGAGUCAGACAGGGCCUCCUCCCUCACCUGCACCAAGGACCGCACCUGGAACGGCACCAAACCCGCCUGCAAGGCCAUCACCUGCAGAGCCCCCCAGGCCAUUCCCAACGGGAAGGUGGUGGGCACGGAUUUCAGCUGGGGGGCCAGUGUGAGCUAUGCCUGCCUGGAGGGGUACCAGCUGUCCCUGCCCGCCGUGCUGACCUGCGAGGGCAACGGCACCUGGAGCGGGGACGUCCCCCAGUGCUUCCCUGUGUUCUGUGGUGACCCAGGGACCCCAGCCCAGGGCAGGAGGGAGGACAGAGGCUUCACCUACCGCUCCUCCGUGUCCUUCUCCUGCCUGGCCCCGCUCGUGCUGGUGGGCUCAGCCCGGAGGUUCUGCCAGUCUGACGGGACGUGGAGUGGGACCCAGCCCAGCUGCAUAGACCCCAGCCUCACCACGUGUGCGGACCCCGGCGUGCCUCUCUUUGGGAUGCAGAACAAUUCCCAGGGAUACCAGGUGGGAAGCAUCAUCUUUUUCAAGUGCCAGAAGGGGUACCUGCUGCAGGGCUCCACCACCAGGACCUGCCUCCCCAACCUGACGUGGAGCGGCGUCCAGCCCGACUGUGUCCCUCACCACUGUAAGCAGCCGGAGACACCUUCCCAUGCCAACGUGGGAGCUCUGGAUUUGCCAUCCCUGGGCUACACCUUGAUCUACUCCUGCCAGAGCGGGUUCUACCUCACCGGAGGCUCCGAGCACAGGACCUGCAAAGCCGACGGCAGCUGGACAGGAAAACCCCCCAUCUGCCUGGCCGACGUCCGUCCCAGCGGGAGGCCCGUGGGCACCGCGCGGGACCCGCCGCUCGCCAAGCUCUCAGUGCCUGCGGACGUGUUCGCGAGGAACUCCCUGUGGAAAGGCUCCUACGAGUACCUGGGCAAGAAGCAGCCUGCCAUGCUGUCUGUCACCAGCUUCGACCCUGCCACCAGUAAAGUCAAUGCCACCCUGAUAGACCACAGUGGUGUGGAGCUCCAGGUGUCUGGCAUUUACAAGAAGGAAGACGUGCACCUGCUCCUCCAGGUUUACCAGAUCAUGGGGCCGGUGGAGAUCUUCGUCAACAAGUUCAAGAACGAUAAAUGGGCUCUGGAUGGACACGUCUCGUCGGAGUCUUCGAGCGGCACCUUCGUGUACCAGGGCUUCGUGAGGGGCAAAGGCUUCGGGCAGUUUGGCCUCCAGAGACUCGACCUCAGCAUGAUGGAAACGGAUCCUGAAUCCAUAGGACACCACUUUGCAUCCAACAGCAGCUCCGUGGCAGCCGCCAUCCUCGUGCCUUUCAUCGCCCUGAUUAUUGCAGGGUUUGUGCUUUAUCUCUACAAACACAGGAGAAGACCAAAAGUCCCGUUCAAUGGCUAUGCUGGCCACGAGAACACCAACGUGAGGGCCACCUUCGAGAACCCCAUGUACGACCGGAACCUGCAGCCCACGGACAUCAUGGCCAGCGAGGCCGAGUUCACAGUGAGCACGGUGUGCACGGCAGUAUAGCACCCACCCCCUGAUCGCUCCGGGGUCGGCGUCUGGUGGAUGAUUGUGUUUCACCUCACUAGUCUCCAUCCAUCCCCUGCCCAUCUCCCUCCUCCCAACCUUUUGCUGAGGCUGUGGAGAAGCUGCUGCACCUCGUUGGACUUUGUGUGACCUCCUGAGGGACCGCUGGGUUUGUCCCCUGCCGUCCUUCCCCGCUC